AUGAGGUCUGCAUUCACUGCCGGUCUCGUGGCAUCUGCCUGGGUCGUUCAGCAGGCUGUCGCAACAGGCUGGGGCGACUCUCCGGGCUUCCCGAGCGUCUCGAAUACCAACAACAACUGCUCAGCUGACCAGCAGAACGGCUUUGACUGGUCGGGCCUCCCAACAGGAGGCUUCAACAGCUAUGGUGGAUUUGGCUUCGGAGGGUUCUCUUGCCAGGACUCCUUCAAGUCAGACGGCAGGAAGAGAUCGAUCAAGACCCGCAGUGACUUUCAGUCGAAGUGCAUCCAAGGCAAAGUGGGCAAAUCAUCGAGCAGUAGCCCUAGCUUCUCGUGUGCCCAAGAUGAGAGGUUCUCUAUCACACAUAUGCAAGUCUCUGUCUCUUUCGAUACCGAGCUGGACUUCAUCUUCGCCAUGCCUGAUGGCUCGAGCUGCAAACAUACCGCGUCCUGCAGCGCCAAGGGCACGACCGUGGAGAACACCCAGUGCGGUGGUGCUCGAUCGGUGACAUUCCAGAUGCCUCCCAGCAGUAACAAGGAUGGCUGCGAUAUCGGUAUCCAUUCCAUCGGCUUUGAUUGCAACUCUCCACCAACGUCCUCCUCGACAACUACGCGCCCAGCCACUUCCACGACGACGCCAGUGACCACAACGAGCUCGGUAGUCACGACUACGACGCCCAAGACUGAGGGCACGACCACUACGCUGAAAUCUGAGAGUACGACUACUACGCCGAAAACCGAGGAGACAACCACUACGCCUAAGUCUGAGGGCACAACUACGACGCCCACGUCUGAGGGCACAACUACGACGCCCACGUCUGAGGGCACAACUACCACGCCAAAGGCCGACACCACCUCGACCACCGAAAGCAGCCCAGUCACAAGCAGCAGCCCUGCGACUACAACUUCUCCGGUACCUCAGACGACCACGACAACCCCUGCUGUGGACACUCCUGGCACGUCUACCACCACCAAACCUGGCGAGACUCCCAGCACGUCUACCACCACCAAACCUGGCGAGACUCCUAGCACGUCCACCACCAAGCCCGGCGAAACUCCCAGCACGUCCACAACAAAGCCAGGCGACACUCCCAGCUCCUCCACCACCACAACUUCUCCAUUUGGCCAACCUCCAAGCUCCUCCUCGACCACACCACCCACACCGCCUUCCUCAUCCUCUUCAGCUCCGCCAGCCGGUCCUCCCCCAUCGCAGCCAACUUCGCCGUGCCCACCUCUGCUCCCAUCAUGCCUAAACACCUGGUUGAGCACCCUUCCCUCCUGCGCCUCUAACUCCGACACCAAAUGUUUCUGUCCGUCCCCCGCCUUCAUCGCCAGCGUCCAAUCAUGUGUCUCCGCCUGGGGUUCCUCCGAAGAUGAGAUCACCGCCGCACUCAGCUACCUGGCCGGCAUAUGCGCAGACUUUGUGCCCCAAAACCCGGGCAUUUGCACUGGUGUCCCCAGCACUAUCACGUUGGUCCCUGCGCCGCCGACGACCGAGACACAAGUGAGCACCGUCACCGCGACAGGGACAGUCACAGCUACAGCGACGAUCACGAACGGCGCAGGCCGAGGACCCAGACCCGACAUUCCGGGCUCGGGCUCAGGCAACGGUAUCAGCCCGCCGGCUCCGACGCCUCCUGUCGCCAUCCCCGUGACGACCGUGACCUUUACGCAGACCCUGAGCGGUAGCACAUUCACCACCGCCGUGACUGUCCCGCAGGUCACCUUUGUCACCGUGGAGCCUACCGCUCCCGGCAGCAACGCAGGCCCCACCCCCGAAAUUGGCCUGAUUCCCAUGCCCACGGCAAACCCGACGCCUGGUUCUGGUUCUGCAUCCGGAUCUGGUUCUGGCAGUGGGUCCGGGUCCGGGUCCGGGUCUGGCGCAGGUAACGGUUCCUCCUCCGGUGGAUCCGGCGGCAACGGCAAUGGUGCCGAGGGUGGUGCGUCCGCAACCACCGCUGCCAUCGCGGCCACAAGCUUCGCCCCAGCAGCGACGGGUACAAGCACAAGCACAAGCACGGGCGUCACGCCCGACAUCUUCACCGGCGCAGCGAGCAGGCAGAGCGUCGCGUGGGGUGUGUUCGCCGGCGUGAUUGCUGGUGUGGCGUUUAUGGUUUGA